UUGGGUUUGGUGCUUGGUGACGAGGUUGACUCCACACUUUCGCAAACUGACUAUAAAAUCACAGAUAUCUGUUUAUCUAUAUGUAUCUAACAAAUGUUAGAUUCAAUUGUGGAGCUGAAUAGAAGCUAUACUUAUCCGUUGCGACUGAUGACCAACUCCUGACGAUGGUCAUCUACGUGGUGGCAAGACAGAUCAGACAGAUUGGCAGGUUCCCGCUGGUGACCGGGAUGAUGACUUAUACUGUCACAUGGGGAACGGCCAGCAUCAUUCAGCAGAAGUUCAUCACAAAGUCGGAGAAGAUAGAUUGGACGAAAACGGGGAGGGUUGCAUUUAUUGCGGGAGCACUUAUGGGGCCUUUGGUAUAUUCUUGGUUGCGAAUGAUGACUCAUGUGAAUCCUUGGACCUCGUUUGUUGGUUGCCUCCAAAAGGCCCUUGUUGAACAAGUUGUAUUUGCUCCCUUCACACACUGUGUCUUCUAUGGUUCUUUGUCUGCGCUGGAGGGAAGGAAGGACGAGGCUCUGCAGGAGCUCAAGGACAAGGUGCCUCCGACAUGGAAGGUUGGUGCUUGCAUCUGGCCGAUCGUUCAGACUCUCAACUUCCUUUAUGUCCCAGUCUAUUAUAGAACUCACUUUGUAGCCUGCGUGUCGUUUUGUUGGUCUACAUUCCUUUGCUACAUGAAAGAAAAGAAAAUACCUCAUCAACAGGCCACCAGGGGAGAAUCAUGAAAGGUCAAUUUGGAUUGCAUCAAGUCAAAUACAUUGUGAUGAAUGUGAAAUAAGAUAAUGAGUUUGAGAAGAGUGUUUUUAUACUAAUGUGAUUUUACAGAUGUAAUAAUGUGAUAGUUCUUACAUAAUAUCUUGAUUGUACACGUAUACUGUUGUAUUUGCACAGGUUACAAACGUAAUAAGUCCUGAAUUUGCCUUCUAACGUCCGGAUCCUUUAUUCUAACACUGCUUCACAAAAUUAUACACACCAAAGUCAUAAUUGAUAAAAUAGUUCGUCGGGAUGACGAUUCGUGCACGUGAUUAUAAAAUACUCGUAAAAUACUCGGGAGACUGGAAUAACUCUCUAUCGCUCUCUUCUCUCUUUCUGCCGAGCGCGUGCGGACAGCUGUUUUGUAUUCACGCGCAGCUUUGUCUGCACCAAUCAGGGGGCAACGUUGAUGCGUCUCCAUCCAAUGAGGAGCCGCAUCAAUGCUGACGUAAUUGAUCACGCUGGGGAGAAUGGAGGAUUAAAAGUAGACCGUGGGAAUUUUCACAGGUAUCUUAUCUGAACCCAAUUCCAAUAAUCCCGCACACUUAAUUCCAAGAAUUACACAUUACAGUGCUACUCAUAAGAAAGGUUUUACAAUUACUAUACAACAUCCCGCGGAACUGGUAAAAUAUUUUACGAAGUUAAAAUAUUUUUUUUUUUUUUUUUUAAAAAACAGUUAGAGGAAUAUGACUUUGGCUUAACACAUAGUAUUGUUGAAUGGGGUACAAUCAAUGAUAAUAAGGCUUUAAACGAGGUGUUCAUGCAGCGAAUGAACUUAAAUUACAUCAUAUGGUUCGGGGUUCCCAACAGUGUUCAGCCAGCGGCCGAACUUAGUUACAAUAUAUGUAUUUUGUUCCACUUACUAAUGAAUGACCACUUCAUUCAUGACAAAGUAUGAGCAUAAGGUUACAAUAUAAUUAUACAUUGAAUCAUUAAUCUCAUGCUAAACAGCAUGUUAAAAUAUGCAAUGAUACAAUGAAGUGUCAAAACCUCUGCUGGGAAUAUUGCGAAACUGACUGGACCGGUCGACGAGGCAUCUGAAAACUGUGGAAAAUAAAGUUUAACUCGAAGAACUUCUGGAUGACACGCGUAUUUACAAAACCUCAACGAAAAAAAAUGUUGUCGUCACAAAAGUAUCCAAAUUGCUUAAAUCAUACACUAUUGCGUGAGCUGUCUCGAAACAGCAAUUGCCACAAGCACUGCUUGGAGACAGAAACCCAUCACGAAAAUAAAUCAGUCCCAAGACUGAUGAGAGUUGGCUUUGCUAACAUGUAGCCGUACAAACAUCCAAUAAAAUAGAGUAUUGAUAAUAAAAUACUCAAACUGGAAAACUGUUCAAUAGACAGAUUACUGUUGCACAAAGCUUCAUUGAAGACAAGUAGAAAAAAAUAUCACAUCUAUAGCUAAUAGAUGUUUCUACAAUUAUCCAACUAACAACUCACUAGCUUUUAUAAAAAUAGCAAUGAGGGUGAAAUAAUUAUUCUCGUAAAGAUUUGUUUUGAUAAGCAAUAUAGCAACGUCUUGUUGUAAACACCAAAUGACAUCAUUACCAUAACAACGACAACAAGAAACCACUUGAGAUGUUUUAAAUACAAACCAUAUUCUCAAUAAAUUGUCGUCUAAUCA